AUGCCUCCUAUUAGACGAUCAAACCUUGGGCGACGUACACGUCGUGCAAUAAUUAGUCAGAAUGUCCGUGAUAAUCAAACGCACGAGGAAAGUGUAGAAGUAAAUGAAUGGAGACGUGCCCAUAUUGCACAGGUUCGCUCUGCACAAUCACCACCUCAAAUUCGACAGAAUAUUACUAGAAGAAGACCAGUCGUAAAUGUACACUUGAAUCGCGCUGCUUUCGAAUACGAUUCCGCAAUCGCCUACAAAGAUCUUCGCUGCGUUGAUAUCGGUUCAUUGUCUGUCGUAUGCCAGCAUUGUAAUGCAUUGAAGUUUCAAUCGGAAACCCCCGGCUUAUGCUGCGCUGGUGGCAAGGUGAAAUUGCCCGUUCUGACUCAUCCGCCAGAGCCAUUGUAUUCGUUUCUCUAUGGAAAUACAAUCCAAUCAAAACAUUUCCUGGCGAAUACACAAAAAUAUAACGGAUGCUUUCAAAUGACGUCAUUUGGAGCCGAAGUUGUUGAUCAACCCGGCUACAAUCCGAGUUAUAAGAUUCAAGGGCAAAUUCACCAUCGAGCGGGUGCUUUGUUACCACCACCAAACGAAGAUCAUAAAUUCCUUCAGAUCUAUUUCGUUGGUGAUUCGGCAAUUGAACUAAAUCAGCGUUGUGUAAUUUUUACUGCGACUAAACGUGAAAUGAUCGAACAAUUGCAAAAUCUUCUGCACGAGCAUAAUGAACUGGUCAGACUGUUCAAAACCGCAUUGGAUACAAUGCAUUCUGACGACCACAAAAUCAUUAUCAGAGCAGACAAAAGACCUGCUGGAGGCCAUGCAAGACAAUUCAAUGCUCCCACUAUCAAUGAAGUCGCAGUGGUGAUUGUUGGCGAGAAUGUGGAAUCACGCGAUAUUGUUCUCAAGCGUCGGAAUGGUGGACAAUUGCAGCGCGUGUACGAGACUCAUCGGUCAUAUGAUGCACUUCAAUACCCGUUGAUGUUCUGUCGUGGAGAGGAUGGCUAUCACUUCAAUAUAAAGAUGGUCAAUCCAACGACAGGAGAAGAAACGAAUAAGAAGGUCAGCUCAAUGAAUUUUUAUGCAUAUCGAUUGAUGAUUCGGCAAGAUGUUGACAAUCAUUUGUUGAGAUAUCGCCGGUUGUUUCAACAGUACUGCGUCGACAUGUACGUCAAGGUCGAAACGGAGCGUCUUAAUUUCAUUCGUUUCAAUCAGUUGAAGUUACGAUCAGACGAGUACAUCCACUUGCGGGACGCCAUCGCUACUGAAGGAGAUGCGACCAACAUCGGUUGUUUGACCAUUCUCCCAGCUACUUACGUUGGAAGCCCGCGCCACAUGCAUGAGUACGCUCAAGAUGCAAUGACGUACGUACGGAAUUACGGACGCCCCGAUUUAUUCAUCACGUUCACUUCCAAUCCGAAAUGGCCCGAAAUUACGAAUCUGUUGCUGACAGGACAAACAUCCAGCGAUCGACAUGAUAUCAUUGCACGAGUAUUCAAACAAAAGAUCAGAGUACUCAUGGAUUACAUCGUUAAGCAGAAGGUUUUUGGCGUACUCCGUUGUUGGAUGUACUCGGUUGAAUGGCAGAAGCGUGGUUUACCACAUGCACAUAUUCCGCUUUGGAUUUUCGACAAGAUCCGACCAGAUCACAUUGAUUCGAUCAUUUCUGCCGAAAUACCAGAUCCAGAAACUGAUCCGGAGCUGCAUUCCAUUGUGACAACGAACAUGAUACAUGGCCCUUGCGGAGUCCACAACCCAGACUCACCGUGCAUGGAAAACGGAAAUUGCACAAAGCGUUUUCCCCGUCCGUUGGUGGCUGACACAAUCAGUGGAAUCGACGGAUAUCCAUUGUAUCGGCGUCGUUCUCCAGAUGACAACGGCAGAUCAAUCGUGAUGAAAGUGAAAGGAAACGAUGUCGUCGUCGAUAACCGCUGGAUCGUUCCAUAUUGUCCGCUUUUGUCAAAAACGUUCUCAACCCACUGCAAUGUUGAGUACUGCAACUCCAUCAAAUCUAUCAAAUACGUUUGCAAAUAUGUGAACAAAGGGAGCGACAUGGCGAUGUUUGGCAUUGCCGAUCCGAAUGCAAACGACGAGGUGACGAAAUUUCAACUUGGACGUUACGUGAGUUGUAACGAGGCAAUUUGGCGGCUGUUUUCAUUUCCGAUUCAUGAACGUCACCCGACUGUUGUACAUUUGGCAGUUCAUUUGGAGAACGGCCAGCGUGUAUACUUUACGGACGCAAAUGCAGCGCAAAGAGCAGAACGACCACCAGCGACAACAUUGACAAAUUUCUUUUCGACAUGCGAAAGCGAUCCGUUCGCAAGGACUUUACUCUAUUCGGAACUGCCAUGCUAUUAUACAUGGAACGCAGCAUCGAAGAAGUUUCAACGCCGGAAGAAAGGUGAUUCUGUUGCUGGCUUCGCUGAUGUAUAUUCUACUGAUGCCCUCGGACGAAUAUACACAGUUCAUCCACGCCAAGACGAAUGCUUCUAUCUUCGCUUGCUUUUGGUAAACAUUAGAGGCCCUACAUCGUUCGAUUCCCUGCAUACUGUGGAUGGUGUGCUGUGUGCCACUUUUCGGGAGGCUUGCCAACGUUUGAAUUUGCUCGAAAACGAUACACAUUGGGACUCAACACUCGCCGAUGCAACUGUUUCUGCGCCAGCGAAUCAAAUUCGUACAUUGUUUGCGAUCAUCAUAGCUACAUGUCAUCCGUCGAACCCGACUGCAUUGUGGGACAAAUACAAGGACGAGAUGGCUGACGACAUUUUGCACAGAGUUCGCACGACAACUUCGAAUUUCGAUCUCGAAAUUAACGACGAGAUGCGCAACGAAGCAUUAGUUCUGAUCGAAGACAUCUGCGUGCUCAUCUUGGAAACACCCACCAACGCGCUGCCUCAACGAAAGCUUACCAAACUCCAGCAGCAACCAAACCGGCAGCAAAUCGCAGGCAAGCCCAGGCAACAUCUGCAACAAGCAGGCGAGUCAUCGAGUCGAGUCGCAAACAUGCUAAUGACAAUAUGCUUUAUGAUGUUGUCAACAUUGGCCAACAACAACAAUAGCAACAACAACGCGAGAGGUCGUAAACACGACAAUUGUAUGGAGAGGUUGUAA